AUGCCAAAAGAAAAAUCAGAAAAUGUGCAACAAGGCACAAGCACAUUGACUUUAUUACUUGUAGCAAUUGUUGGUGGCAUUGUCGCUGUAUCUCUUCAACCAUUAAUUCUCGUAUUAUAUUCGCAUCUUGGUGUACCGACUAUACCAAUAGCUUAUCAAGAAUCAUCUAUUGUGAAGGCUUCUGAACAAGUAUUGACAACCACUAGUACACCAAUUGUUGCAACUACCAAAAAACCAGAAACUACAACGAUUUCUACUACCAAAUCAACAAUAGAAAAGAAUGAUUUAACUGUUGAUGAGGAACCUAUAUUAUUGAAAGAUGAACCAAUAACUAUAAAGUUUCCUGAAUCAACAACAACAACAACAACAGCAAAAUCUAUUGUUAAGGAAAAACCUAAACAAUCAAAAACAAGUAAUACAAAAAAAGUUGACAAAUCAGAACAAAUAUCACAACCGGUUAAAUUAAAAAAAACAAAUCAACAACCGGAUAUAAUUGAUGUAACCGGCCGAAAUAAAGAAAUACCAGAUGAAGUUAAAAAUUUCAAAUCAUCAAGAAUAAACAUGAUAAAAACAAAAAAAUUAUGGAUACCUAUUCCAAACUCUAAUGGUGGUCAUCGUCGUGUACCACCGAUUUCUAUUCGUGCUGGCAAAGAGCAUAAUAGUAGUAUCAAACAUUGGUUAUUUGAAGAAUUUCUUUCACAUGAUGAAUGUAUAAAUUUAAUUAAAGUUCACAAGGAACAUGUUAAAAAAAUGAAAGAAAUUGAUCCAAUUAUAUGUUUUGAUAGUAUUCAAACAUUACGUAAACAUUUAAAAGAUUUGAAACCACUUAAUGAAUUUCAUGUUACACCAAAUGAUUUUACUAAAGGAACAACAUGUAUUAAUGCAACAUUUUCAUCAAUGCUUAAACAAUGGGGUUUAAAAUGGUCGUAUUCAACAGCAUUUUAUCUUGGUGAAAGUGCAUUUUCAACAACAUUAUCACAACGUAUUGAAGAUGGAACUGCAUUACAAUCAAGUCAUGGUGGAAAAUUUCAAAUAACAUCAACAGAAAAAGGUGUUGGUUAUAAAGCUCAUCAUGAUUGUACUGUAAAUGGAUUAAAACAAGAUCGUUAUGCUACAUUUUUAGCUUAUUUAAAUACAGUAAUGAAAGGUGGUGAAACAGAAUUUCCAGAAUUAGAAAUAAAAAUUACGCCAAAAGAAGGUCGUGCUAUUGUAUGGAAUAAUAUGAAUGAAGAUGGAAAAUGUGAAGAACAAAGUAUUCAUUCAGCAAAUAUUGUUGAAGAUGAAGAAGGAAAAUUUGUUCUACAACGAUGGUAUUAUUAUGAAAAUUUCUAUUCACUUGGCAAACGUCCACCAGAACCCGAUGAACCAGAACGUAAACCAGGUCAAGCACGUGUAUCAUGUGAUGAAUAUGAUAUGGGAAGUUGUCGUGCUUAUGAUGAAUGGAAUUAUGAUCAUUUAUUAAAAUAUCGCAAUGUCAAUCAUCAUCUUGUUUAA